AGGGCGGUUUUACCGAUCUUUGCCGAUCGGUGUGCGCGCGCACGCCGCCACUGAUAUGCCCGACGUGUAGUGCAGAUGCAGAUGUGGAAGAGGAAGAAGCCGCUGCGGGCGUAGUAGGUACAGAGUGUGCGGAGACUUGAAGUGAACGCGGUGAUCUGUGUGCGUAGAGUGCGCCGGCCGUGCCCAGUUAAACGUACGUGGAGUGACCAGCCUGCAACGAGAGCGCAGCGAGUGCCGAGUGCAUUAUUGGAUUUACCGACGAGGAGCGCCAGCAGACAGCGGCACACCGCAGGUUACCAAGUUAAAUGGCAGACACGAGCCAGGCGGAGCAACCGCCGCACACAAACGGCAUCUCCGAAGAUGUCGACGAAGAUGAUAGGGCGAAAAUUCGCCCGGCGGAUAUUGACGCUGACGUGCGCGAGAUGGAGCGUCGCAAGCGCGUCGAGAAUAUUAUGAAUAGCCGACUCUUCCGCGAGGAGCUAGAGCGGAUCAUUGAAUUGCAGCUGAAGGAUGGGUCGGGGACGUCGGGCCUCAUGCAGCAGAUCUCUGACAUGAUGGGCGGUGUGUCGAAGAAUGCAGGCAACGCGUUUAAAAAUUCCAACUGCGUGGUGCCGAUCAAUGAUAUUCGUGGCAUUGAGGCGAUGGGAUAUGCAAAGGGCGAGAAGAUUCUGCGCUGCAAGUUGGCGGCUGUGUACAGACUGAUUGAUCUGUACGGGUGGACGCAAGGAUCCAGCACACUCAUCACCGCCAGGUUGAAUCAGGACGAGGAGCACUUCCUUGUUAAUCCCUAUGGUAUGCUCUUCCAUGAGAUGACUGCUUCCGCGCUGAUCAAGGCUGAUAUGCAGGGCCAGAUCGUUGAGCAGGGCACGACUAACUUUGGCGUGAAUCUGAGCGCGUAUUCUUUGCACGCUGCGAUUCACGCUGCUCGGCCUGAUAUUAAAUGUAUCAUUCACGUUCAUACACCUUCGGUGGUGGCUGUGUCUGCGUUAAAAUGCGGCCUGUUGCCGAUCAGUCAGGAAUCGGUGGUGAUUGGCGAAGUAAGCACGCACGCCUACGUUGGUGCGCUUACUGACUCCGAUGAGAAGGAGAAGAUUGCGCGCAACUUGGGCCCGAACAACAAGGUGCUGCUGCUGAACAAUCAGGGUGCUGUGUGUUGCGGCGAGACUAUCGAGGAGGCGUUCUACAACGCGCGCAAUACUGUGUUGGCUUCCGAGUCGCAGCUGAAGUUGAUGCCGGUUGGCAUCGACAAUCUGGUGCUGCUUUCCGACGAAGCACGCAAAAAGAUCUACGACGCUGCGCAUAAAGCUCCGGAUAGCUCACCACGUCCAGAUCCGCCCUCUGUAUUGGAGAAUAAGGUGGAGCGCAAAUGGCGCGUAGGUGGUGUAGAGUUUGAAGCGUUGAUGCGAAUGUUGGACAACGCCGGCUUUCGCACCGGCUACAUUUAUCGUCAUCCGCUCGUUAAGGGCGACCCGCCUAAACCUAGGAAUGACGUUGAGUUGCCGCCGGCUGUUUCAUCUCUUGGUUAUUUGCUUGAAGAGGAAGAGCUGUACAAACAAGGGCUCUGGAAAAAGAUGGAGGGCGGAAGGAAGGGUUUCGACCGCACACGCUGGCUGAACUCGCCCAACGUCUACCAGAAGGUGGAAAUUCUUGAGACGGGCACGCCAGACCCGAAGAAAAUCACAAAGUGGGUCGCGGAAGAAUCGCCGACUCAUUCCAGCACGCCGGUGAAAAUCGACUCGGCGUUGCAGUUUGUACCGAAGAACACGAAUCCCAAGGAGUUUAAGAAGCUGCAGCAACAGAUUAAAGAUUACAGAAGAGCCGACAAGAUCAGCGCUGGUCCGCAAUCGCAAAUCCUCGAAGGUGUUACAUGGGAAGAGGCGAAGAAGAUGCAGGAUGCGGGCGUGACGCAGACCGGUGACCAAGUAGUCCUUAUGGGCGCCGCCUCCAAGGGCAUUAUCCAGCGAGGCUUCCAGCACAACGCCACCAUGUACAAGUCUCCAUACUCUAAAAAUCCAUUCGAUUCCAUCACCGACGAGGACAUCAAUGAGUAUAAGCGUGUCGUCGAGCGAAAAACAAAGGGCGAAUACGACACAGAUUAUAGUGAAUCAGAAGGAUUGUCCUCUGCUCAAAUCAACAAACGAAUUAGCGACAUUAGAUCUCCAACUAGCGAAACGGAAGAGGAGAGCCGAGACGAACCUCAAGUAUUAAGGAUAGAAACGAAACACGCUCCAAAACCGAGCCAACCGGAAGUCGUCCUUAGCGACGGUUGCACUAAAAAAUGGCAGACUUCAUUUCAUCGCACGACCAGUUUUUUUGGUUUUCCCAAAGGAUCCUACACAACACCGCGUCCCGUGCAUUAUCACUAUGCACAAGAACGAAAUGUACCCGUUUUCAUCACGCGUCCGCUCGUAAAUUCCAAUAUCAAGCCUGACCAGCCGGCGAAUGUUGGUGUAAAAGUCGUGGGCGACAUUGCAUUAAACGUGGACGUGUCGAUGAAGACGAUGCGCAAUUUUAUAUAUCCGUUUGCUCGCGCGCUCGACCUGAUCAACACGCGCAGCGCCGAAUCGCAGACAAGUUACGUGAGUACCCACGCAAACACAGAUGCGAAUUUUGAGCGCAGCAUUGUGAAGAAAAUGCACGAGAAUCUGCUCACAGACUUUGACUCUUCAAUAAUUACAACGAAUAGCUUAUUGGAUUCGUCUAUCUUAAGCGAGUCCAGCGGCGACUCUGUUCAGACUUGCAUGAUGAACACCUUACCGAAAAACAGAUUUAGUGCGGUAUUGAAGGAACUUGAGUUAAGUGGACAUAUUAAUCUGGAAGACUCAAAUGCAAAUUAUUUUAUCUCUGACAUGCUGAAAACUAUAAUUGAUACGAUGAAUUUGAGUCGACGUUCUGAUUCCACGCAGAAACGCCGCUCCUCUACUGGUUCGAUGUCAACGCAUUCAUUUUACGAAAGCGAAACUUCGCCAAGACAAUGCCUCUCCUACGAAGACCUUACCGACGGCGAGUACCGUUUUAUUCAAGGACCUUCUUUUAAUGACAUACCAAAAUCACUGCACAGGAAUUUUUACGUGGAUUCACCCCGAUUCAAUCCUCUGCCUCUGUCACCGUUGUGCGUAGUUAAUGAAAAACAAACACAAGUUUACGAACAUACAAAAAACGUAGGUACAUCCCCCAGCGUUAGUCAGUCACACGAAUGGUCCUUGAAAACUUUUGAAGGCAAAGUUAACGCUAUUCAAUCAAUUGCCAGUGUUCCAUAUACGGACGUCAUCAAAAAGCAGACUCUUGAUGACAACAUCAAAUCGAGCAAUUCCAACGAUAGCAGAAAAUCGGAUAAAUCUGAUUCAGAACUGGAUAAUGCAUAUUCGACGUAUAUGGUGCGCAAUCUUGUAGAUCUCAUUCGCGAAGAACGCAAAAUUGAAGGCGAUAAUGAAACUGAACUGGACAAUGCCAGGCGUCGCAUCCACUUGCAACAUUUUCCGCAUUAUUUUUGCCCUUCACAGGACGCGCGUUGUAUGCCGACUAUACCCAGCGAUGAAAUGCUUGUCAAUAGCCAUGAGUCAACUGAGAACAUGUCUGCUUUGAAUGUAGACAUGAAUCUAAUGAAACAUUUAGCUGAAAAUGCAUCUUCUGAAGUGGACGAAUGUAUGAAUUUGUUUUUUAGCUCUGCAUAUAACGAUGUGGAUUCGAUUGUAGAGGACAUUCUUAUCCGGGCAACGAAUGAAAAGGGAUUUGAAGGCGCCGAAGAAAAUUCACCCACGUCUUCAGGUGUAACGGACGAUACGGUUAAUCCCUUUGAGAUUGAUUUUCAAAAAGGUCCUGAGCUGAUAUUUAACUUUGAGCUACCUAUUCAUAGCGACGACUCUGGUUGUGAUCAGUCGAUUACAGAGAUAGCUCAUAUCUUGGACCAAGAAAUUGAGUGCUUUUCCCGAGGCAAACAAAGUGAUAAUUCAUUCUAUACAGCUUUAAGUAAUAAUAACGGUUCGCCGGAGUCAGCCGCGUUUCAAACCGCAGAUUCGUAUGGAAGUUACACAAAUGUUCGAAAGGACAUUGUCAAUCAAAUGAGUGAUUUAAUAAUUUAUUAUAUGCGUAAAAGCUGCUUGCACACUGAUGAAGUGGUACUUUUCCCAGAAGUCCAGCAUGACGAGAAUGUGUCAACGUUGUUUGCAAAGCUUGAGAAUCUUUUCAACGAGUACUUUAAACAUAGCUUAAGUGCAGAGGAAGUCAGCGAAUUGCGCAUCGAAUUGGGACUUCUUGUUUUGCGCUGUACAAACCACGAGUUUGAUAUUACAAACAUGGAACGCACGUUUGCCAUCAGUGAAUUUGUCUCAGAUCUGUUGGAUUAUUUCUUUGAGAAGGUCGUGAACUUGGAAACUCAUUCGCCCUGUACGGAGUAUGAGAACUUUCAUAAUGGCGUAGUAGACCAACUGAAUUCAACUCCUGACGAUCGAGAUGAACAGGCUGAAUGCGAGACGGAGGAAAUGGCUAGUUUCCAGUUGAAACAACAACGUGGCAACGAGUGUUACUGGUUUUCAGCCCUUAAACCAUCGGAGCGUUCGAUUCUCUCCAAAUCACAAACAGACACUCCCCGAGUUAUCAUCAAUGUGGACGAGAUCCCUUUGAGACCGCCGCCUGAUUUGAAUCAAAGUCUUUCAUGCAGGCAAUUUUAUCAAUGUCUUAGUCCAAUCCAAGAAAUUGUUCCGACGUGUUUAACAUUUGACGAAGAUGAAAUUUUCGCCGAAGAAACUGUGGAUAUUCGCUAUGAGGAAGCCCCAGCAGAUUUGGAAGCAGUGGAAUCUUUGUUUACUGCUUCCGACGAUGCACUUCUUAAAGGCACAAAUCUCGAAACGCGGUCAUCGACAGAAAUGUCGACGUCGUCGUCGCACAGUCAGGAGUUAGUCGGAGCAGCACUGUGCGAAGAAUUGCAAAAGAUUGUUCCCGACUUUGAUAAAGAAUCAACAUUUCGGCUCACCAACGAAGUACAUUUUUUGCGCUCCCAUUCAACUCUUGCAUCGAAUACGUUUUCAACCACAACUAGUGUCGUUUUUAACACGGACGCGAAUCAGCAACGUCAUCUGAACACCACGUUUUCGAAGGAUUCGUUUGAGACGUGUGAACCAGACGAUGAUCAUUUAAUAGCGUUAACAGACAAUUGGUUGGGAUUGGAAAAAGCCAAGUUUUAAAUAUUGAAUCGUUUUUCAUAAUACACUCCUUAAUCAUUUAAAUUUGCUUGUGAAAUUUUCAUUAAUAAUAAUUUAAUUAUUGCAUCA